UUGACUUGCGUGCUCAGCUUGACUUUACCAAGUAAUUUUGCUAAAGGGAUUUAUCUGCCUGCAAAUCGGCGAUCCACAAGAACUUCUUCUGGACUCCGUGGCAUUGUUAAGAUCAAGAUGGCAGAUUCUUUUCUUUUCGAUAUUGCACAUACAAUUCUUGGGAAACUGGGCUCCCUUGCUCUGCAGCAAUUUUCCAUGGUUUUUUGUGUAAAAAAUGAUCUGGAUAAGCUUCAAAAGACUCUACUUACCAUCAAGGAUGUUCUUCUUGAUGCCGAAGAGCAACAAGCCAAAAACGAUGAACUAGCCAAUUGGGUUGAAGAGCUCAAGGAAGUACUAUAUGAUGCAGAUGACUUUCUUGACGAAAUUGAGGUAAAUGGUCUAAGGAGACAGCUACUUUUCAGAAACAUUAAAGGGAAGGUCAGUGGCUUCUUUUCAUCUUUCAAUCCAGUUAUUUCAAGGUUGAAAAUGGCUUACAAGAUCAAAGAUAUAAGAGCAAGAUUAGACAGCAUUGCAGCUGAUAAGGCAAAGUUUCCCCUAUCUGUCAAGGUUGUUAAUGGCUCUGACUGGCAAAGAACUAGGGAUCCCACUUGUUCUUGGAUCCAACCUUCUGAUGUUAUAGGAAGAAAUCAUGAAAAAGAUGUGAUGGUCCGUCAUCUUAUGCAGAAUAAUAGUAACGAGGAGAAUCUCUCUGUCAUUUCAGUUGUUGGUAUUGGCGGUUUGGGGAAAACUACACUUGCUAAAUUGGUGUACAAUGAUGAGAUGAUAAUUAAACAUUUCCAAUUGAGAAUUUGGCUCUCUGUUUCCCAAGCUUUUGAUCGUAGCAAAUUAGCUGCUAGUAUUGUCAGUUGUGCAACUAAUAAACCUUGUAACGAGUCACUUACUUUUAACGAAGUGAUAACUUGCCUUCAAGAUUCUUUGAGGGGAAAACGGUUUCUACUCAUCUUGGAUGAUGUGUGGAAUGAAGAUAGGCCUAAGUGGCUCGAAUUCAGAAGCUGGUUAUGUGGUGGUGGAGGGGGAAGUAAGGUCAUUGUGACUACUCGGAAUGAAUAUGUUGCUUUUGUCAUGGAGUCUACCUACACUCACAAAUUAAACAGUCUUCCAGAUAAUGAUUGUCUGUCAUUGUUUGUGAAAUGGGCAUUUAGAGAUGGGCAAGAAAAACAUCACCCUAACCUUGUAAAAAUUGGGGAAGAUAUUGUAAAGAAAUGCAAAGGAGUUCCCCUAGCGAUAAGGACUUUAGGGUGCAUGCUAUUCAUGAAAACAAAUGAACGUGAUUGGCUGUCAGUGAGAGAUAAUGAAAUAUGGCUAUUAGAACAAAAGGAAGAUGAUAUCUUGCCUGCAUUAAGACUGAGUUACAACCAGCUGCCUUGUUACUUGAAACAGUGUUUUGCCUACUGCUCCAUGUUCCCAAAAGGGCAAGACAUUGCAAGCAUCAUGUUGAUUCAGCUGUGGAUGGCCCAAGGGCUAAUACAGUCAUGCAGUGAAAAUGAAGAGCUGGAAGAUAUGGGCACUCGAUAUGUCAAAGAAUUGUGCUCGAGAUCAUUGCUGGAAGAGGUUGAAGCAUAUGGAUCAUUCAUAACGUUUAAAAUGCAUGACUUAGUGCAUGAUCUUGCAGUGUCAGUUGCUCAAAAUGAGCGCUCAGUCCCAAACAAGAAGUUUGGAAAUUCAACAGAAAAGAUGCGUCACAUAUCACUCCAUAAUUAUAGUUCAAUAAAAAAUAAACUUCCUGUGCUCAAACUGAAGAAAAUACGAACUUUAUUCCUUCCGCAUGCAGGGUCAGAAAAGGAGAGUACAGUUGCAAUUGGUGGUGUCAUUUCAAGAUUCAAGUACUUGAGGGUAUUCGAUUUGAGCCAUUCACGUCUUGAGGAGGUACCAUUGUCAAUUGGUGACCUGAAACACUUAAGGUACCUUGAUCUUAGUGGCAACGACAACAUCAAAUCACUGCCCACAACCAUCUGUAGGCUGCAGAAUUUGCAGACUCUACGCCUUGUUCUGUGCACGCAGCUUCUGAAUAUACCAAGGGGUAUAAAGUAUCUAAUAAGCCUGAGACACCUCUACAUAACUACUAGAGAAACAAGCUUUCUCCAGAAAGGCAUCGGAUGCUUGACCACUCUUCAGUCUCUAUCGAUUCUUAGAUGCGAAAAUCUCACAUCACUGUUUGAAGGAGCUGAAAAGCUGAUUAACCUCAGGACCUUGGUGAUUGGAGAUUGUCCAAGGUUGACCUCUUUACCAGGGGGUAUGAAAUUUUUGACAGCUUUGGAGAACCUCAUGAUCAUCAACUGUGAAGAGCUUAACUUCUCAGAUUGGCAAGAUUUUCAAGGAUUUACAAGUCUUCGAUCAUUGAUGAUUGGAGGAUUGCCACGUUUGAGUGAUCUACCCCAAUUUGCUUGCACUAACAGUAACAAACUAGAAUUUGUACGUAUCUCAACCUGCCCUGGCAUUGUGGAUCUUCGUACUUGGCUGGAAAAUGCCAGCUCGCUUAGGAAGCUUGAGAUUAUAGGAUGCCCUAAAUUGACAUCUUUGCCAGAUAUCUUGAGUUGCCUCAGUGGAUUGAUGGUGUUGAAAAUUGACAAAUGCCCUGAAUUGAGCAGAAGGUGUGAGAAAGAAUUAGGAGAGGACUGGUCUAAGAUAUCUCAUGUCCAAGAAAUAUAUCUAAAUGGUGUCAAACUGUGAAAUGAGGUGUAUGAAGCUAUUUAGCUCAAGUUGACCUGCCUGAAGGGGAGAUCAUUAGCACUGCACAAGUCGAAUCAAAUUCUUCAUGGGUCUAUGUGGAGCAUAGAUCCAACAACAUUUGUGAUUGAUUUCCAUUUGGAUAGGAUAUUUAUCUCCUAAUUUACUUUGAUUGUGUUAACUUCCAUGCAAACCCUCUUUAUGUUCAUUGUUUUCUAGAAUGUCUUAUGGACAAAUAACAGCAUAUGCCAUAAAAGAAGCGAGAUGCUUGAAACUGUGUAGGCUACAUUUCCUCAAAUUUGAUGUCAUAGAUGAUUAUUGUCUGUCUAGAAGAACAAGUGCAAGUGGAAGUGCCAGCGAUAGUUUACCGAAUGGAUAUUCUUUUCUAUCGCAUGCAUCUUGGAAGGCUACUGAGAAAAAUGGCGCAAGAAGAGCUUAUGAUUUUGUGCUAGGUAACAGAAGUUUCAGUUGUCAGCGUUUUCAACUUUUUGAGUCCUAAUUUUUGCUUGAGGGGUUGAUGGUA